UGUUGUCAGUUUUCGCGGUGGCGCGGUGUAGAAGACUUGAUCAAUUUUCAUUGGGGAACCGUUUUUCCUUGACCGCGUGAACGAAUUCAGAAAUAUCUGAAGAGCUAAAGAACUUCAGAUCGAUCUUAGUUAACUUUGGUGUUUUAGUGUGAAAAUUAUCACAUCCAUUUGCACUAUCUCGAUUCUCUAAUCAACGAAGUAAUCCAGGAAGCAUCCGCCAUUUGACAUUUUUGUAGUGCGAUUAUGACUCACGUUUUAACAAAUCUUGGAUACCCACAUGAUCUUCGCUUCCGUUCUAAGUCCGCUGAGAUAUUCAGAGAACACGAAAGACGAAAGGAGGGUAUUCCGAAGACGGAAUUCGACAAAAUUCGAAGCCUUUCUAGACAGUCAUGGCAGCGAUCAUGGGAGAACCCUGGAGAUCCAUUGCCUUCUGUGAAAUGUAACCACUUUGUGACAACAUAUUCGACAACACACAACUACAAAGCGCUUCAAGAACCCACUCCCUGCCGACCGACUUCGCCAACGAGACGAAAUAACCCUCAUCCAACAAGGUUUGUGUCUUUUGUUUGUGUGAAGUGCAAACAUCAAUAGGUGAUUCUAUGGUUUGGAGGAUAACUUCAAGGUCCUUUGUCUGUGAUGAUAUCUUAUAGGGAUUAAAUGGUAAUGUGUUUUAAGCCAGUUCAUCAAUGAAACGGGAACGAUUUCGGUUUCAAGACUUCUAAAAACAGAAGAGUCAAGAGUCAUAGCAAAAUUAUGCGGAUCUCGCAUGAGAAAUUUAUGAACCACCUAACAAUUCCGAGACGGGAUACCGUAUUACAAGAUGGAUCUAGCGGGGAUCGGGGGGGGGAUAUACUCUUCCUACUCAUCCCACCUGAGAGAAAAUCAAAGGACCAACUAAUCUAUCAACGUGACGUCGAUAAAUGUGUGAGAAUCUUAUAGAGCAGAUGUCAGUUACAUUUUCUUACAUUUCCUUGUAUGUAAGAACAUCUUAAUGUUCACAUAAGUUAUUUUUUUCUGUAAGUAAAUGGCAGGGCAAAUUUAUUUCUUGUAGGCCAUUUUUGCGGCUCCACCUGAGGCAGGCAAAAGGGUUUCCCAAACCUAAAGAAAAGCCACAACAGGACCCAUAUGAUGGUAGGAUGAACAUUCAUCUUUCAGUUAUGUUAAAAUGUAAACAUUGAUAAAAUCAUUCAAUGGGAUUUUAUUUCACUCUGGUUAUUGGCCUGGGCUUUGAAGUGUUGCAGUUGCAAAACUGUAUCUUGUGGAACAUAAUUAAGAUUUUACAAUUGAAGAUCUGUGAUCAGGUUAUUCUGGAAUGCAUGUCCAAUAUAUAUUUUGUUUGUUGCUGAAACUAAAUCCAAAUAGUAACAGCAAAGAAACCAUACUGGCACUAGUCUUGACUUACUCCCAGUUAUCAAUGUGUCAAGAAUGUAGAAAGAGGGCAUGAAGUGUGACAGGUGGUCCCUCAACCUGUUUGGUCCCUGUUAUGUGCUGUUCAAAACCAUGAAGAUGGCCAACCACCCUGUUGGCUUUCAGUAAUCUUUCAGUUGCAGACUGCUGGCAGUCUUUUCUGUCUCAAGAAGGAGUGCCAAUUAUCCUCUCGAGACAGAGAGAAAACUUUUGGCGAGAAGGGAUUAGGAGGGGGUGGAAUGAGACAUGGACCAGACGAGGAACUUCAGGAACAACUCAACCAAGCCAACCCUCACCACACCCUAACCUGUGGAAUAGCCACAGUCCCUUCAUGCUAAGACAGUAAAUGGUCAACUGGUAAUCCAUUUCAGUUGAGGCAGGUUUUAAUAAAUUUUAUUAUUUCUUAGUUGGUUAUAAACCUGAGGAACCAAAUGACAGGCAGCAGACAAUGUAUUACACUUUAUGGGAAAUGAAAGAUAUGCAAAAAAGAGGCCUGGAUGAGGUAUGCUUCAAGUUAGAUCAUUCUUGCACCUUAGUUAGCAGAGGUGACUCAGGUGAGGAAACUCGACAGAUUUCUCUUUUGUAUGUUUUUUUUUCACUUUUUUUGGCCCCAAUUUUCACAUAACAUUUAUUAGUGUUUGCAUCAAUUUUAAACUGGGGACAACUUUUAGAAACUUCCUUAACUUAACUGGUGAGAAGAGAUAAACACAAAAACUAAAGGCUACAGGUACACUGCAAAGAACCUCCCUAUAUAAACUGCAGCACCACUGUUUUUAUCUUUAAUUUGGACAGCUUUCUUUCUUUCUCCCUAACCUUUACUAAGUAUGCUUAAAUAAUUAAAGGGAGAUCUUUAAAUGAAACAAAAUAAUUUCUGUUUUGUGGCACAUAAACAGCAGCCAUAAUAUUUUCAUCCAGUCCUAUUUUUGUAACAAUAUGUAGCCAUUGCAAGCAGGCUCUCAGUAGUAGUGCCGUAAAAAGGAAAGUUUCUCUACCCACGCAAAGAUUUGAGACAAAUCCAAGAAAGGUUUUCUAGGGGAUUGAGCAGUGCUAGACUCUUACAGACCUCUGUUGCAGAAGGGUGACAAAAGGAGGCCUGUUUGCAGGCUUAACAAUGUUUCUCCUUUUCAGGCUUUAAAAGCUACUAUGACUCCAAAAGCAGUACCAGCAGCACAAGCCUGGGUCAGGAAUGCUGGCAUGAAAGGUGAUGGAGUAAACAACUUGUUAUUUAAAAUUAGUAGAAGACUUGAAUGAAGCUGCUUAGCAGUAUUAAUUAUACACUUUUUUUUGGUUUUUUCAACAGACAGGAAGAUAGUGUCAAACAUGUUGGAUGUUGUACACGAUGCACCAAAUGUUGAGCAGGUAAAUGACUGAAUUGGAUAAUGUAAAAUAUGUGUUAUUGAAAAAAUAGUAUUUUUUACAUACUGGUAUAUUACACUUGUAUAUUUAGUUUUUAGCCACGCAUGGUUUGAAAUUUUAAGUACAAAAAACAUAGUUAUUAGUAGGAUUUUGCAGUCACUGUAGCUAACCUCCUCAAGCUAACCUCAAGCUUAGAUAAAUGACUGACUGUGUAAAUUACCUUAUAUUUUCUUUUCUUAUGAAAUAGACUGUUAGUUCCACAUUCAGGCCUGAUGUUGUACCAGCUGUGAAUCGAUGGCUAAAGAAAGCUGGAAAUGAAGGUACAUGUUCUUCAUACUGGGCUCUUAGCUCAAUUCUGAUCAAGGUUGCCAAUUUCCUGGUUCUUUCAUAGGUUCCUUGUGAUAUUUUCUUCAUUCAAUUUAAGUUUUUGAUUACUCUGGUUUCAGUUUUACAACACUCAUUUGAAAAGUACUGUAACAAGCACAAACCAAUCUUAUAUUUAAUUAAUUUAAUUUAUUAGCUUUGCCAACAAUACAUACAAUGUGGAACAUGGGUAAAUUACAAUAACAAUGACAGGCAGGCAACCACAACAGCAAUAGCCAAUCACUGUGGUCCCAGCUAGACUUACAUGAUAUGAUUCUUCUAUUGUUCAGAACAACAAGCUGUUAUGAGAUUGAUCCGAACUUUGGCCUCUAAUCCAAUUAAUGAUGGAACAAUAGAUCCAGAGUACACAGGGCAACAACAUCCUGACAGAUACAUCUUGGGGAAGUACACGAUACGCCAGACAGCAACUAAAGGAACUCCCAUCACUGUUAAAAAUCAUUUUCCUAAAAAGUCCCAUUUUAAGGCACAUCCUGCAUGGCUUCAAGCUUCAUAACCAAUUAGGUUUUAGCCUAUUCUGGUAUUAUAUGUGAAGUCAUGAAGUCUAAUGCUGAAGAAGAGGGUUAAUCCUUUAACUCCCAAGAUCUAAUAAUUAAUUCUUCCUUCUAGCUGCUACACAUUUCCUUGUAAAUAAGUUACAAGAAUUUGUCGUUACGCCAAGGUAAUAACUUCCUUCAGAUAGGUUUGAGUAUACUCAUUACCUGAUUGCUGAAUAGUGAACGGAUAUCAUAAGAAGAAGCUACAAGAUAAUCACUUUUGGGGGCUAAAGGGUUAAACUCUGGGGCACAAACCAUUCACUGCAUAUUAUUUAGUGUAUAAUUAUAAUUUCAUCCAUGUAUAUAGCUGUCUUUUGACAUGAAAAAAAAAGUAUUUCUUUUGCUGGAAUAGCAAUAUUUAAAUGCAAAAUACACUAUGGCCUGUAAUUUUUUUCUCCUUUAUUUCAGCAAAAUAAUCAGUUAUGCUAGUAUGUGCAUGUAGAAUUUUCAUCUAUUAAAAGUUAAAUUGUUAUCAGUCAUUAUUCCUGUGAAUUACAUUCAACAAAGAUAGGGUCACAAAACCCCUGAAAGUACAAGUACAGAAUACUUCAAGUUCAAAAUUUAUUUCAUAUAGUGUGCCAUUCUACUGUAUCCAACAGAACAACUAUCAUGUAUGAUAACUUGUUAUGUAAAACACAGUAGCAUCAUUUUUUUUGACUGUGGUAACACAGUUUGACUUAACUCAUGUGUAUAUCCUUCACAGUGCAUGCCUGAUAAGCGGUCAAUAUUUUUUGUUAGUAUCAAAAUAAGUAUCAUAAUUGUUAGUUGACAGAAUUGUUUUUAUGGACUGGGCUUAAGAUUUUGUGUCAUGUCAAUUGCAAAGAAUAUUUCCUCACCAUUGCCAUCACAGAGAACCUUUUUUACAUUAACUAUAAUUGAGGCAAACACACAAACUGAUCAUACUGGAAGCAAUUUUUUAAUGAGUAUUUCACUAGUGUACAUGUUGUGAAAGUCUCAUCUCGACAAAUCUAACUAAACUAGAUAAUAGAAUACUCAUCAGUAACAUGAUUACAAUAAAUAUUGUUUGUGAAAUUAUUACAUUCUAUAAUUAUUAUUUUUAUGACACAUCCUUGUUUGAAACUGGGAGAUUCUUUGUUUUUUCCAAUGAACGAGACAAACUUCAUUUAAAAUAUGUUUUAAGACUUACA